AUGGCAGCCAUGGAUAUUGGCACGAGGCCCAGAGAUACGCUUCCAUCAAUCAGCCAUCUUGACCUGGAUCACCUCAAGGGCGACAAGAGCGACCAUUCAAGAUAUUACUUGAUGAACGGUCUGAGUAUUUCAACAGCUCCAUUAUCCAGUCCCACCACCACACAUUCUGGUCCUCCACCCCCUUACUCGUGUGCUCCUUCAACAGCUGGCUCCGCCUCCGGUAUUUCUGGCUACAUUUCUCCCCCAGAAUCUACCACCAGACGUUCCACCCGGGAUGAGAAGGAGUCUCCUGGCCUACGCAAGUCUCUCCCGUCUAUUCACGAGGCUCUGGGAGACAAGUCAAUCUCCUUUACCGCACCUCUGUCCGCUUCCUCUCAAGCCCCCCAGGCCAGUUUAUCAGCCGCAGCGGGACAGCCGUUUCCAGAUGCUCCCCGGGGCCCACUGAACCCAUUCUCCCAACCAUCAGGGCCACCGCCUGUGUUGAAAGAUGUUUUCGCACCGUCUUAUAAGAACUGCUCUAAUCAGCCGGAAAUCCAGUCCUCCAGACCAUCAUUUUCGCCAACAUCCAAUCCUGACCCACGACAGCCUGUUUCACAACAUUUUGGUUAUCCCGGGUCUCCAAGAUCUCACCCAGCCGCAACGUUCCGCUCCUCUUCGUUGGCCAAUACAUCCUUCAACAACAAUAAUGAAAAUCAACCGCCAAGAUCCCCUCCAACCUUUGAGCAGCCACGAUCCGCAUAUCCAUUUCCACCGUAUAGCAACGGUCCACCUCCGAGUUUUCCUCCUGCAUCAGAACCAUUCCAAUUCUCUGCUGGUCCAAAGCCCGAGGAGCACCGAGGACCGUAUUCUCGACCAGCCAAUGAAGUUCCAUAUGGCGACACUGUCAAGCGGCACCUAGAUGUCUUUGACGCUGAGAUGGGCCUGAACGAGAUCAGUGAAGCGUCUGCUCGAACGUUAGAUUUCUCCCGCAUCUGGGGUCAAAGAUAUCAGCAGAGUAAUCGCAACGGUUACUUCCAAGACUCUCUUCCUGGACUACACGAGGUCGAUGAUAUGCUGCGUCAAUCACAUCGCAUCUUUGAGAACCUGACGCAUUUACGAGAAGUGGUAAUAGCACAGCAGACCGCCCUGACCGAACAACGUGCACGGCUCGCACGAGGCAAUCAUAUGGAGGACGAUUACCAGAAUCUUUCGGAUGAGUACAAGGGCACUGGCUUCGCAGGCGGCGAUGCAAAGAAACGUCGUGGAAAGGCCGCCCCUCCGGGUCGGUGCCACAGUUGCAACCGGGCUGAAACGCCGGAAUGGCGAAGAGGCCCUGACGGUGCCCGUACCCUGUGCAAUGCAUGUGGUCUCCACUAUGCAAAGCUAACACGAAAGAUGGGUGUCAACAAAGCGGCCUCCCUGACCGGCUCUAAUCUUCGACCCAAAAGUCUCGAUUCGACACGACCUUAG